CCCCCCCCUCCAAACCCCAAUGAACCUUCACGUUCAUAAUUGCCGCCUCCUCUUAAUGCACUCCGUAUAUAUAGUUUCACAACUUUGCAUGCACUUCAAUAUCCUCACCAAAUUCUCUUGGCUUUUUUUGUCCCUCUCUUUCUCCUUAAAGUUGUUUGCUAUUUGCCAACCAAAUUAAUUAAAAGCAAGCAUACCCAUCAUCACUACAUGAAAUGGUAAGUAAGAUAAUUAUUGGCCUUCUACUCAUAGCCUUUGCGGUAGCCACCUCUGCUGGCAACUUCAACGAAGACUUUGAGAUAACAUGGGGUGAUGGUCGUGCCCAAAUCCUGAACGAUGGGCAGCUUCUCACCCUGUCCCUGGACAAAUCCUCUGGCUCUGGAUUUCAAUCCAAAAAUGAAUACUUGUUUGGAAAAAUUGACAUGCAGCUAAAGCUCGUGCCUGGUAACUCUGCAGGAACCGUCACAGCAUACUAUCUAUCUUCUCUUGGGGAUGCUCAUGACGAAAUAGAUUUUGAAUUUCUGGGUAACUUAAGUGGUGAUCCUUAUAUUCUUCAUACAAACUUAUUCACACAAGGGAAAGGGAACAGAGAACAGCAGUUCUAUCUAUGGUUCGACCCCACCAAGGACUUCCACACAUAUUCCAUUCUUUGGAAUCCUCUGAGCAUCAUAUUCUCUGUGGACGGGACACCCAUAAGGGAGUUCAAGAAUUUGGAAUCAAAAGGCAUUCCUUUUCCAAAGAACCAAGCCAUGAGGAUAUACUCUAGCCUUUGGGAUGCAGAUAAUUGGGCCACAAGGGGAGGCCUUGUGAAAACGGAUUGGAGCCAAGCUCCAUUCACUGCCUCCUACAGAAACUUCAACGCUGAAGCUUGUGUUUGGACUUCAUCUUCAGGGUCCUCUUGCUCUUCCAACGAUUCUAAUUCAUGGUUGAAACAGUCACUGGAUGCAACAGGGGAAGCCAGAAUUCAAUGGGUGCAAAAGAACUAUAUGAUUUACAACUACUGCACUGAUACUAAGCGCUUCCCACAAGGCCUCCCUCCUGAAUGCUCACAAGCUUGAAAACAAAACUUUCAUUAU